GACUAUACCGAUAGUGAUGAACACUCUGACAGUGUAGACGUGACUGUACUCAGACGAGAUGCUCCAGGAACAUUAUGGGAUGAAUUACGAACCAUUCAUUUCGAAUGUAAGUUAACGCGAGAUGCUACAAACAGAAUAUUGCGUGCUCUGUCUAAAUAUGGAAUAGGAUCAUUGCACACACUGCCACUUGACUGUAGAACCUUAACAAGUAUAGCUGGGGGCGCGGCAAUGGGCAAUGGCAUUUUUACGCGUUCAGGCGUAGAGUACUAUUACUUUGGCGUCGAAAGCCAAAUAAAAUCGAUACUAAGAAGGUAUCCCUUACAAGUAAGAUCACAGUUAAAGGAGAUUACUAUCUCCCAAAACUUAGAUGGGAUACCUUUAUUUAAAAGUUCUGGUAGUCAACAGAUCUAAACCGUUGGCAAGCACUCAUAACGUCGUAGCCAGCACCAGUUCUGGUGGGAAGCCUAGAUACUCUCUCUUCGACUUUCUAAGACUACGGCCUCAGAGCACCCUGACAGUGCUAUCAAAAUGGAUCGUUAAGAAGUCAUCUUUGAAAGGCAAAGAAAAAGUUAAUUCAGGACUUCAACAAGAAAGAGGCAGAUUGUUCAUUUGUGUGCUGGUAUCCGCCGCAGCAGGAUUAUGAUUGCAAACGAAUCGCCACACUCAUCAAAAACGACAGCAACCCUGGACCACAUUGGCUGCCUGAACCAGGAGUCAUCUUUGGCCAAUACAAAACUUAUGAGGAGUGCCAACACGUCGUCGACGAAAUGGUAUCAAGUGAAAAUGUCGAAAGUCAGGCUUUGGCGAUGUUGCGGCAAUGUGAUAAGGAACAAAAAAGGAAGGCAAGAACGAUGGAAACAAAUGCAGAAGAAACUGCUAAAGAAAAAACUGCAGUACGUCCAACUGAAAAAGAUCCUGGUACAGCUCACGAAACUGCAAAGAAAAUACAUGCGGAGGCCCCGCUUGGUGCUACAGAGGUAGACGAGAGGCCGGUCGUCAGAUCACCUCUGGCCAUUUCUCGGCCCGAGAGGGAGGACGUCGUCAGAUCACGUCCCCUGGCCAGUUCUCCGACCGAGAGGGACCUGGUCGUCAGAUCACCUAUGGCCAGUUCUACGGCCGAGAGGGAGGUCGUCAGAUUACCUCUGGCCAGUUCUCAAGAUGUCAACAGAGCUGAAGGCAGACGAGACGCCAUUGACGUCUUUAGAGCAGAUACACCCAGUACGUCUGAUGAAGAACCCAGUGACGUACAAGUCCUGCCCGAGAAACAGCUGCCACAACAAAUACAAGAAAUUUUGAAUGUCGUACUAAAACAUGUAAGCAAAAAAUUUGAGGAAGUAAGCAAAAAAUUUGAGGAAGUGAAAACUUCUGUGGAUAACCUUCAGAAACAGCUGCAACCAGUACUUCCAGGACCUUCGCAGCGGGUGACUGACGGUGAGACACCUCUCCCUACCGGAUUUGUGCCUGUCCUUCCAAAGGACCCCUAUGAAGUGCUAACAUACUUCGGUUUUCCUGCUAGCACCCGACAGUGCGACAAUGAGCAUAAAACGCCAAGUCGACGAGUCGACGGUGAACGCUCAUUAUCGGAGGCAUUAAGGAAAGAAAGUGACAGAUCAGGCUUCCGUAACACGGCGCGACCCAAGAAAACGACAGCACCAAACACAAGCACACCGUCCACGUCGGACGUACCAGGAACGUCAGGGCAUGGGACUGGUCAAGACGAGGGAGAAAGUGACCCCGAUUAUAUCGACAACGAUGCGGAAAGUAUCGUACCGCUGUCGAGUGGUAAUGAUACCGACAGGGCUACAGAUGAACGGUACUCGGACGAUGAAGAAUCAAUCACUGAAUAA